CACCCAUUAUCAGUGUUUAUCGAGCUAAAGUAACUAAGUAACUUGGGUCGCGCCAAACUUUGAAAAGUAAAUAUAAAUUUGUAUCACUGAUGAUGUAUCCCAAUGAUGAAACUUUGCGCGUUGAUAGUGAAAAUGGAUUGUUUGGUGGUAAACAUUCAUAUUUAGAAAGAAAUUGUAAUCAAAUUUUCAUGAGAGGUCCAGCGUUAACAAAAGAAAUCUUAGAGAAAGUUCAAGAGGAAAUUGUACCAAAAAAAACUUAUAUUUUUGGUCAUGAGUACAAUACAAAGCGGAUACUAUUUAUUUCUGGAUUGGCUGUACUUUUUCUCAUAAGUCUAACUGGAGCUGUUCUCACAUGGUUUACAAAUGCUUUUGACGAUCUAGUAUUAUCGCAAGUAGUUCUCAAGAACAAUAGUAAAGCUUUUGAUAUGUGGAAGAAACCCCCAGUUAGACUUAGAUAUAAUGUCUACUUAUUUAAUUAUACAAACGUUGACGAUUAUAGAGAUGGUAUUGUCGAAAAACUACAUCUAGAGGAAAUUGGACCAUAUGUUUAUGAGGAAGUUUUAGAAAGGAUAAAUAUUUCUUUUCCAACUGAAGAUACAAUCUCUUAUAGAGAAUAUAGAACUCUAUCUUUCAAACCGAAUCUAUCUAAAGGAAAUCAAGAUGAUCAAGUUAUCGUCCCUAACGUACCAGUGCUUGCUGGAUCUGCUUUUACAAAAUCUCAGAAUUAUUUCAAUAGAUUGGCUUUCUCUGGAAUACUUUCUGGAAUGGAUGAAGAAGCAUUUUCCAAAAUAUCAGCAGGUUCUUUCAUAAUGGGCUAUGAAGAUAGAUUCUAUAGCUUAGCUAAAAAUUUUUUACCCUUCGAUACUCCAGAGGAAUUGGGCAUAAUGGUAAAGAAACUUGGACAAUCUCCUUAUAGCAUAACUAUAAAUUCUGGUAAAAACGAUAUGAAUAAAUUUGCUCAAAUAGAAAAAUUUGAUGGAAAAAAACAGUUGGACUAUUUUUCAGGCGAUUGUAACAGUAUUCAAAGUACAGAUGGAGCCUUGAAUCCACCAAAGCGAGUACGAGCUAAGCAACCGCUUUAUUAUAUGUUUCCAGAGGGUUGUAGAAGAAUGCCGCUUGUUUUUAAUAAGGAAACAACUAUACGUAACGGUACGAUACCGGUCUAUCAAUACACUUACCCAGAAGAUAUUUAUGACUCGGCAGAUGAAAAACCUGAGAAUAGAUGUUAUUGCAGUGACCAAUGCCCUUUGAAGGGAGUUUUUAAUAUAACUGGCUGCAGUUUUGGCUGUCCAACGUUUAUCUCUCACCCACAUUUCCACAGAGCUGAUCCUCGUCUAGUAAAACAUUUCACCGGAUUACAUCCUGAAAGAACAACAUACAAAUCUUAUUUCAAUUACCAUCCUACAAUAGGAUUUCUAAUAUCCGCCAGAAAUUUGAUUCAGCUCAACGUACAGGUUCAAAAAGCUGGUGCUGUAUCCCAAGUUGAUAUGUUCGAUGAUGGUAUGAUUCUACCAUUCGCCUGGUUGGAAGGGGUUUUAGAUGAAAAAACAUUACCUCAAGAAUUAAUAGACACAAUAAAUUUAGCAACUUUCAUCGCCCCAACCGUCAAUUUGAUAUUAAAAUACGGCUGCUUACUCACCGCUAUUAUAACUUUUAUUUUUCUAAUUCUUGUUAAUAGAAAAGAAAAGAGAACACUCUCUCAGAAUUUGAUAAGGACACACCAAGGCUAUUCUAUAAGCAGCUGACUGGAAUUAAUAAUAAUAACAAGGAGGUAGUAUGAAAUGAGUAUUAGUUCUUUACAGCUAUCUCUCAGACUGAUGGAAAAACUCAAGGAGAAUAUAAUUUAAGCGGUUAUUUAUUUAGUUUAAGAAAUGUUUUGUGUUAAUCAAAAACGAUAUUAAAAAAAUAGUUGGAUAGUGGAUCUCCAAACUUUUGUACUUUGUUGUUGUUGAUUUGAGUUUUAUUGAAAUGUUAAAUGUUCAAUUUAACAUCAACAAAUUAUUUGUAUCAAAUAUCUUUACCUGUUUGUCACAUAGGUUCAGUGGCCGAUGAAUUGAUUUUUCUUAAUUCUAUCUUGUGACGACUAUAUUAUAGCUAAGUUGUGUCGGUUGCAUUUGAGCUGUUCAUCUGUGUAUAAAUUUCAAUAAAAUAAAGAAAUAAUCGUA